AUGUCUGUUUUUCUUUCUUUAGAUUUAUCAUUCAUAUUUCUUGCUUUAUUUUCCUCUAUCUUAUAUUUUCUCCACCUUCUACUUGAGAUUUUAUUUUUAACCUCAUUUAACGGGUUGCAAUUCACUUUCUUUCUUUCUUUCUUUCUUUCUUUCUUUCUUUCACAUUCUUUAAUUUUUCCUUUCUUUUGUUUCCGUCUUUCUUUUAUUUAUAUCUUUUUUUCUUUAUUUCCCUUUCUUUCUUUUUUUUUUUCUUUUCCUUUCUAUCUAUUUUCUUUAUUUUGUUUAUAUCCUCUAUUUUCGCUUUCUUUUCUCUCUGUCAUUGUUUCUGUCAUUUCUUUCAAAUUCUUUUUUCCUUCUUUUGCUUUAUUUUUUAUUUCUUUUGGUUUCUUUCUUUCCGUCUUUCUUUCGUUGUUUUCUUUCUUUUUCAUCUUUUCUCUCUUUUCCUGUCCCUCUUUUAUCGCAUUUAACAGCUCUGAUUUUUUACGUUUUUAUUGUCCCCUCUCUCUCUCUUUCUCACUCUCUCUUUCUCUUUUUAUGCUUCUCGCACACUUUUUCCCUUUCUCUUUUUAUAGCUUCUCUCUCUCUCUUUACCUUUUUAUAAUUUUCUUAUUUUCAUUCCUCUUUUUUCCUUUCUAUAGUUCUCUCUACUUCUCUCUCUCUCUCUCUCUCUCUUCACUCUUUACAUUUCUGUCUCCUUCCUUUUUUCUAGCCUUCUCACUUUCUAUUUUUAUAUUCCCCUGUUUACCAUUUCUAUAUUUUGUUAAUCUUUAUCUCUCUCUCUCACUCUCUCUCUCUCUCUCUCUCUCUCUCUCUCUCUCUCUCUAUCUAUCUAUCUAUCUCUCUUCCCCAUUUUAUAGUUUUCAUGAUGUCUUUUUCCCUCUUUGUUUUUUUAUAAUCCCUUUCUUUUUCCAGUUUUAUAGUCCCCUUUUAAAAUUCUCACUCUUUCCCGCAUCUUUCUUUCCCCUUUUAAACUUUCUUUCCCUUUUUUAUAAUCCCUUUCUUUUUCCAUUCUCUCUUUUUCGAUCUAUAUUGAUCUUACUUUCUGCCAUUCUCUUCUCUCCUUUCUUUUCUACUGGCUUCUUUGAUGCAUUUCAUUUUUCCUCGUUUUUCCCUUCCCCUCUCCCACGAUUUCAAUUCAUCAAGAAAAGUAAAAAAAAAAACCUGACUCCCCUCAUCCCCAAAUCAGCUCCCUUUUCCGCUACUGAUGGACUGCAAGUAUAUCGAAGCCUCUUUUUCAAACUGAACCUGAAGCGACAUUCUCGUUUUUGCCUGAAGCGACUUUUUCCACAUUUACCUCAAGCGACUUUUUCCACAUUUACCUCAAGCGACUUUUCCCACAUUUACCUCAAGCGACUUUUCCCACAUUUACCUCAAGCGACUUUUCCCACAUUUACCUCAAGCGACUUUUCCCACAUUUACCUCAAGCGACUUUACCCUCAAGCGACUUUUCCCACAUUUACCUCAAGCGACUUUUUCCACUUUUACCUCAAGCGACUUUUCCCACAUUUACCUCAAGCGACUUUUCCCACAUUUACCUCAAGCGACUUUUCCCACUUUUACCUCAAGCGACUUUUCCCACUUUUACCUCAAGCGACUUUUCCCGUUUUUUACCUCAAGCGAUUUUUUUCCACUUGUGCCUAA